AUGGGAUGCUGUGCUUCGCGAGAUGUAUUUUCUACUUACUCCCCCUCCGUUAUCGAACAAAAAAAUUUUGUUCGCUUACGAGGGGGUCAAAAUUUUUUUUCAAAAUUUAAAAAAAAAUUCAUUUGUAAAAAUUGAGAAGCUAAAACGAAUUUAAUUUGCUAAAUUUAUAUUUUAAAAAGCAAGCUGUUUAAAAUUAAUCUGAAUAGCUAGAGAUUUCGUUAUAAUAAUUAUCAUUUAUAUAUCAAUUUUUUCCAUAAAAAAAUUUUUGCUCGUUCGGAGUUUUUCUUCGCUCACAGAGGGGAGGAGUUAGAAAUCUGCAUCAGGGUCAAAGGAAAACAGCGCUUAUCAUCCUAAAAUUAAUUCAAUAAUUUCUGAAGCUCAGCGAUUAUGCAUCAGACCAAUUGAAGAAAAUCUUGAUAUUCAACCUUAUGACCUUCUAAAAUAUAUUGAAGAAUUGAACACUGAAGCAUCAUGAAAUACUAUCAAAGAAGAUUUAUGAUUUUAUGUAAAAUCUAUUAGAGGCUCAAAAUUCGAUAAGACAUCACCUGUGAGCAAAGUAUGACUUCAUCUCGACGAAAAAGUGCCUUUAAAAAAAGUUUUAGACGUUAUUUUAUUAGCAGAAAAACGAAAAAAUUGAGAUGAUGUGGCAACUGUUGAAAUUUUUGAUGGAACGUUUCCUGGUCUAUUUUACGUCUAUCAAAGUGUCAUGCUUUUAGGGUAUAAAAAUGAUUAUGUCACUAAAACCUAUAUAAAAACAAGUGGGGAAAAUGUGGCUGUUAUUUCUUGUAAUGUCGAGCAUGAAAAGAAACCUAUUGAAAAAGGGUUUAACAGAGGAGUUAUACAUUUUAAUAUUAUAUUGAUAUCAUUAGUAAAUAAUCAUACAGAAAUAUUGAUUUAUAACCAAACAGAUCCAAAAAAUAAAUUAGGAAAACUAUCUGCUGACAAAAAAAUAGAAAAUCUUGAUAAAUUGUGUAGUAAGCUUAAAGAUGAAAUUUUAAAAGAUAUUGUUAAAACUCCUUCAGAAAGCUCUGCUGACACUAUUGAUGAAGAAAAAAAUAUUGAUCCAAUUAACCCUUAUAAUAGUAGCCAUUUUAAUUAUUUAUUUUUAUCAAGCAUUUUAUAAAAAAAAAUUUUCAAUUUGAAGCUGCGAGGGAUAAGAAGCAUAAUAUAAUUGAAAAUUAA